GAAACAAAUAAUUACGUUGUGAUUUUUUUGAGAGUAGAAAGAGUUUUACUUUUUGAAUCUAUCCGGGUUUCAGUAUGCAACUACGGAAGACCACUGUGCGAGACGCGCUUGAAGGGUCCGUGCGGAAGAUGCAUUCGGGUCAAGGAAACUUAUCCACGAUGCCAUGAACACAAAUGGCAAAAGCUGUGUGGACUACCAGGGGCGAUCCAUUGUGCGACAACUUCUAACUGUGUCCUAAAAACAUGGAUUAUGGAUGGCAAGGACGAUUGCGGAGAUGGAAGUGAUGAAGGUUGCUCAGCCGAACUGACUACUACGACAAUGAUGACAACUUCAUUCCGCUGUAUAAGCGGGGAAUGUAUAGAUGGGCAAUCAGUGAUGGAUGGGAAACAAGACUGUUACGACAGCAGCGACGAAGACUACUGUUCACGUCACGCCAAAGACUGCCCAGAAGACUCUCCAUGCAGUUACGAUCCGGAUAUAGGGGCAUUCGGAUGUGGGUGUCCACCGAAUGUCAUCCGAAACUCAAAAGGUGUCUGUGUAUACGCUUAA